AUGCUUCCGGCCGCUGCACAGCGUGGGUUGAAUAGUACCGGUACUGAUACUAGUAGUCCCGAGGCUCCAAGUCCUCGGCAAAGCCCCAUUUUGGAUGCUGCCGCUCUGGAGGCUGCAGAGUGGGUUAAUGACUAUCCGAAUCAAUCAACUGUAGAGCAACGCGCACAACUCUUUGCGUUGGUGGCUUUUUACUACACAACGCAGGGAGACUCAUGGCAGAUCAAUGACGAUUGGUUGUCUUACGAGGUGUCUGAAUGCGAGUGGUUCAAUCAAGCUGAAGAAGAUGCAUGUGACAGUGAGUCAAGACUUGUGGCGCUAGCGUUGAGUGAGAACAACUUGGGCGGCUUGCUGUCUCCCGACCUUUCCAGAUUAAGUUCCUUGAAGGAACUUGAUCUGAACGACAACAGAAUUGGAGGGUCUUUUCCAAGUGAAUUUGGCCUCAUGACUGAUCUGGUAAUUUUGAGUUUGGGUGACAACUUUCUGAAUGGAACCAUCCCGACCCAAAUAGGGUUGAUGAGUUCGCUGGAGGUUCUAGAGUUGCAAGGCAAUGAGCGACUUGCUGGAUCUCUCCCUCAAGAGAUCAGUGGCCUGGAGAACUUAACAAGCUUGAAUUUGAUGAAUACGUCUAUGACAGGAACUCUUCCUCCAAGCAUCUGCAAUAUUACCGACCUAAGCUUUACAUGUGGCAUUCCAGGAGGGCUGUGUGGUUGCGGUUGUGAAUGCGCCGAAGCGGCCCCGCAACCAACCAGUGCACCUACCUUUGAACCUUCGGUACGGCCCUCUCAAGUGCCCAGUAAAGAACCCACGAGAAGCCCAACAAGGAGUCCAACUAGAAGACCGACCAGACGUCCCACAAGGCGGCCCACGAGGAGACCGACAAGACGUCCGACUAGAAGGCCGACCAGACGACCUACCAGAAGACCCACAAGGCGGCCGACUAGAAGACCAACAAACAAUCCCACGCCUCUGCCAACCAUAGGGCGCAUCUUGACGCCGGGUCCAACUCGUUUUCCCACGCGUCGUCCAACGCAGGAACCAUCGGCUUUCCCCACGUUCAGUUGUGAGUGUAGCUUGGAGCCAGGCCCCUGUGUGAGAGAAUAUGAGCUCCAAUGGUGCGAAUCCCUCCUUGCGGAUGGCAGAUGUUCCUGCAUUGCAACUUACGAUACCUGCCCCAGGACAUAUUUAUGCAUUCCCGAUGUGAAUGUGGAACGAAUUGGGAACCCGCCCCCUUCAUAG